AUGCCCGACAACAAGACGAGCACCCUUACCGAUCACCUCGAGGACGGCUUCACCCACGAGCAGUCCACGGCCACCAUCAGCUAUGACAACAAGGGCAUCAGCGGCAUCAUAAGGUCGCCUUAUGUCUUUGGUGCGGCCCUCCUGGCUUCCUUCGGCGGCUUCUCCUUCGGCUACAACCAAGGCGUCGUCUCUCUCAUCCUCACACUGCCACAGUUCCACGCAGUGUUCCCCGAGGUAGCCCCCGGCCACGCCCGCUAUGGCUUCAACACGGGCUUCAUGACCGGCAUGCUCGAGUUCGGCGCCUUCGUCGGCUGCACAUUCUUCCCCAUGCUGGCAGGCCGCUUCUCCAGGAAAUGGGGCCUCGCAGUAGCAACAGUGUUCUUCUGCGUAGGCGCCAUUAUCCAGACCGCCUCGCACAACUACGGCACCCUCGUCGCGGGCCGCACCAUCGGCGGCGUGGGCGUCGGCACCCUCGGCAUGGGCGCGCCCCUGCACAUCUCCGAGGUCGCGCCGCCCAACCUGCGGGGGUCGCCCCUCGUCCUCGAGGCCAUCUCCAUCGUCGUCGGCGCCAUCAUCGCGUACUGGAUCACGUACGGCACCCGCGAGAUCGCCGGCGAGUGGGCAAGCGUGCGAAGGGUGUAG